AUGAAGAGAUUAGACUACCCCAUAGUAGAAAACUACGCUGCACUUGAAUCCACACCAUCACAACCCACAACAACGGCAGCGUCAUCGUUCGAUAAGCUCAGUAUCAUCCGCUAUCUACGCUCCUACCUCUUGCGCAUUUUCCCGCUAUUUCAAUGGAUUAAACGGUACAACGUGUCUUGGUUUUGCCAAGACUUGAUUGCAGGGAUGACAGUGGGCGUCAUUACUGUGCCACAAGCCAUGGCAUAUGCGCGUUUGGCUAACUUGGAUCCACAAUAUGGCCUUUACACAUCAUUUGUGGGUACUACGUUAUAUUGUUUGUUUGGCACGUCCAAGGAUAUCAGCGUGGGACCGAUCACCACUGUUUCAUUGCUAGUAGGUCAGACUAUUAGCGAGGUAAUGAAGAAACACCCAACCAUCUCGGCUGAUCAAGUGGGUGCUACACUUGCAUUGAUGGCUGGUUGUAUUACAUUGGUAAUUGGAUUGAUGCGCCUAGGAAUCCUUGUGGAUUUCAUACCUGGCCCAGCUGUAGGUGGAUACAUGACCGGAUCUGCUAUUACUAUUGCUCUGUCGCAACUGCCGGCACUCAAUGGAACAAGCGAUAUGGUCGACACACACCAACCGCCAUUUCAAGUCUUAUCCGAUUUUGUUACUCACCUUUCAUCCACUUGCCCUGAUAUUGUGUUUGGCCUCUUAAGUCUAAUCACAUUAUAUACUGUCAAGAUAUUAUGCGUGCAAUAUACAGCAUCAACAGCGCGAAAGGCAUCAAAACGUAUCUUUUAUUAUCUGGGAAUCAUGCGAGCAGGAUUAGUGGUGGCGAUUGGUACAGUACUCUCAUACGCGAUACACCAUGCUUCAGCGGAUGAGCCAAUCCGAGUGAUUAAAACAGUGCCUUCCGGAUUUGAUGCACUUGGUGUACCACAUUUAAAUACACACGUCAUCCGUGAGACCAUACACGUAAUACCGCCCAUGAUUAUGAUGCUGAUUAUGGAACACGUCUCCGUCGCCAAAACAUUUGGCCGCUUGUCCAAUUAUACGGUGGAGCCAAGUCAAGAAAUAGUGUCGAUUGGCAUGUGUAAUAUCGCAAGCGCGUUCUUUGGGGGAUAUCCUUGUACAGGUGCAUUCAGCCGCACAGCUAUUAUGAAUCGCUCAGGUGCACGGACGCCAUUAGCUGCUGCAUUUAGUGGCUUUAUGCUCAUACUGGCGUUGUUUGUAUUGACUCCAGCAUUUUACUAUAUCCCCGAUGCUGUACUUGCUGCCAUUGUCAUUCACGCUGUAUCAGACUUGGUAUCAUCACCAGCUUAUCUCAAAGAACUCUGGAAAGCACGCGCUAUUGAUUUCUGGAUAUGGGUGGUAGCUGUAGGUGUUGCUUUUAUUACAGACGUCGAAACAGGCAUUUAUGCUGCUGUGGGACUUGCACUUGCUUCACUCCUUCUUGAUAUUGCACGACCGGAGGUGACGAAUAAUGUUACAUCUUCCAGCAACGACAACCACCAAUAUCUACCCAAUUGUCCUGAAGAUGUACUCGUAUUUCGUCCUGGACAAUCAAUUCUAUAUCCCAAUGCUAGUCAUGUGUCUGAAGCUAUCCUCCAAGCUGUUAAAACACAAACGUGUCCUGCCCCUUUCAACGACAAUGAUCAGGAGCAGAUCCAAGCCCGUCAAGCGUGGAAUGAAUGUCGCAGCCUCUUAUCAUCCCAACGGCGUCAGAUAACUCUCCGUGCGAUAAUAAUGGAUAUGUGCGCCGUACAGGGGAUGGAUUCAACAGCCUUGCAAACACUCGUAGGUCUUCGAGCAAGCAUUCAUGCAUAUACAGGAAAUCCUGUCCAAUGGAUCUUUGUCGAUGUCAAGGUUCCAUUGCGUGAAAAGCUUGAAGCAUUUGGUUUCGUCCCUCGGCAAACGACAAACAAUAGCAAUACAGACUCUGUGGUGGAAAUCAGUGACUCCGGUGGAAACGUUUAUUUCUUUAAGGAUAUGCAAACAGCUAUGAUAGCAAUGGAACGAUGGCCAUAA